UCUCUCUCACUCUCUCACACACACACUCUCAGUCGCUGUGCUCUGACGGAUGGGGAUACACUGCCAAGGAGGACUUAGGGGCGAGAAGAGUGUGUUUCUUUUUCUUCUCUGGUGUGUUUUCUUUCUCUUCCGCCUGGCCUCCCUCAGGAGCUGUUAAUUCCCGCCCUGGUCCAGAAGAUGAGGAGGAUCUAUUUGUGAGGAAGAGGCAACAAAGGAAGAGGAAACAAGGAGCAACAGGGUGGUAAAUUCUGCGAGCGGGAGUGAGCGAGAAGAUCCUUUCUUUUUCCUUCAGGCUCGAGCAAGAUGACGAUUUAAGGGUGUGAGACAAAGUGAAAGGAAGAGGCAGAAUGGCUUCCAUCAACAUGACGGCUCUCAGCAGGUAGAAACACAACAAGCCAGCAGCAGAUGAGUCCUGACUCCCAGCAGCAGCCAUGUGAGAGGAGCUGUCGACAAGUAGAGGAUGCCCACGUCCAGCUAAAGAAAAGCAGCCCCCCUCCUUCCCUCCUGCUCCCUCCCUUCUUCUUCCCACAUGAGGACGAGAAGAUGACUAUCACCAGCCGGCAGUCCUUCAAUGUCCUGACGGUCAUCUUCCUCCUGCUGUCCACUGCAGCCCUCUCAGCUCAUUACCGAGUGUGUGAACCCUAUUCCGACCACAAGGGGCGUUACCACUUCGGCUUUCACUGCCCACGCCUCUCAGACAACAAGACCUACAUGUUCUGCUGCCACCACAACAACACCGCCUUCAAAUACUGCUGCAACGACACGGAGUUCCAGAUGGUCAUGCAGAUCAACCUCACCACCACCUCAGACGGUUAUGCCCACAAUAAUUAUACAGCUCUGGUCGGCGUGUGGAUCUACGGCUUCUUCGUCAUGGUUCUGCUGGCGCUGGACUUUCUCUACUACUCAGCCAUAAACUACGAGCUGUGCCGGGUCUACCUGGAGAAAUGGGGUCUGGGAGGUCGCUGGCUGAAGAAGGCUCGGAGUCAGUGGCACAGGUCCAUGCCAGAGGAGAGCGAAGCCCAGGCUCAAGCCCAGCCCAUGGUCCCCAGCCACUACCAGCCCCGACACAGCCUCAGAGGGGAGAGCCACAGCCCCACACUCCUGCCCUACAACACAUCCACCGCAUGAAUGAUGCUGCGAGUGGACAAACUGAAGAGUAGCAACACCUUGUUUCCUUACCUGGUACAGAGGAGAUGCCCCACAGAUGCCCCUCUCUGGACUACUGACACAAACACCAGUGGUGGGCUAGCCAUACUGUAGUAGUUAGAAGUGACUACUGCCCCUUUCUAAUGAGCACAAAACACCCAUGGACUGACAGAAGCAGGCUGAUAUGGCAUUUAGAAACCCAGCUGAACAAAGGCUGCCAGGAAACACAGAGGACUGUACUGCUGCUGCCACAGCAGAGGAGCGACAGACACAUUCAACUGCUACAGGUGUUCAGUGAUCCCUUGAAAUGGCUGCCAAGGCUCGGAGCAUCCCAAACAAAUCCAAGCUGAACUGGAUAGACUGCACUCGCAAGCGAGGAGGCUUGCCUGUUUUUAAAAAAAAAAAAAAAAAAGCUCAUCUUUCUAGAUAUAAAAUGUUUAUUACACUGCUGUGUCAGUUUGUGUUCAGUAGCAGUUAGACACAGUUGUGGGUUAUCUAUUUGGUGAUUUAUUUAUGUGAAGUAGUCAGAGAAAUAUAUGAGUGGUUAACAUUCGGAACAUGUAACAGCUUAGAUUGAUGCUGAGCAUCUCACUUAGAGUAGAAUGUUUUUGUUACUUACUGAAACUAGACACAAAAUGUCUCUGCAGCCAUGUUGAAAAACAAUAUCUUGUAUGAAAUGUUUUAGGUCUCCUUUCUGCAAAACAAGUGAUUUCUCUUUAUUGUAACGUGUCUGACGAGGACACGACGCCAUACAGUUAAACUGCUGUAGAUCUAAAGGUUUUACAUUAGGUCAUCAAGACUUCUCUUUGGUUUAGUGAUGGAGAGGAAAGGGAUCUUGACUCUCAAUAAGUUAUUCACUUAAAACAUUAAUGAGGAUCAGGGAUGCUUUCACAACAGCAAAGAGAUUUAUGUUAAGUUAAACAUAACCUUAAUCCUUGGCUAUGCGCCUACAAGCCCAUUUGAGACUAUCACUUCAUCAAUUAGUGUGAGACAGUUGCCUCGGUAACCUCAUCCAUUGACUUGUUUGCCCUUCCUCAUUACCGGAGCUGCCUGAAAAACAGCUCCAUUAGCAAUAUGAUGCAAAUGAAUAUCCAUUUGGUUCCUUUUUUGGUUCCAUUUUGGUAAUAGACAAUAGUACGCGAUUAGCCAUAAUAGAAAAUGUAAAAAACCCAUUAAAACCCCCUUCACUGUCAGCAAUAAUGUACAGUAGCUUAAUCAGAAGGAUUACAUGGUAUGUAAAAGUCUGAGGGGCCAGCCAAAUGAGCACUGGGUAAUCAUCGAGGCGUAUCGCAGAGGUUUCAGCUCUUUUUACAUUUAAUAAGAAGGUAAAGUCGAUGAAAUGGACAUACAGUGUUUCUGGAUAAUGAACUCAUAUUGAAAAAGGUCUCCAACCAUUUCUGUGUCAGCUUUGUGAGGAGAAAAGUGAAAACAAUUAUUACUUUUUAAGGAAAAGAUUUUACUUUAGAGCUGCAACUAAUGAUCACUUUCAUUAUCGAUUAAUCUGCCAGUUAUUUUCUCAACGAAUCAAUGAAUCAUUUGGUCUAUUAAAUGUCAGAAAAUAGUAAAAAAAACUGGCCGUGGCAAUUUCCGACAGCCUGAGGUUAGGUAUUCAUAUUGCUCGUUUUAUUUGACCAACAGCCCAAAACCCAAGGAUUUUCACUUCACUAUCAAAUAUGACACAGAAAAGCAUCAAAUCCUCAUAUCUGGAACUAGUGAAACCUUGAAAAUUACUCAAACAAUUAAUCAAUUAUCAAAUUACAACCAUCUAGGGCUGCAACUAAAGAUUAAUUUCAUCAUUGAUUAAUCUGCCAAUUUUGAGAAUUUUUCAAUUAAUCAAUAAAUCGUUCAGGCUAUUAAGUGUCAGAAAAUAGUGAAAAAUGUCCAACCAACAGUACAAAAUCCAAAGAUAUUCAAUUAACUGUCACGAAGAAAAGCAGCAAAUCCUCACAUUUGAGAAGCUGAAAAAUAAUUUAAACAAUUAAUUGAUUAACAAAAUAGUGGACUUUUAGAUAAAAUCGAUUAAUUGUUACAGCUCUACAAACAUCACAUUUUAAGGAAAAGUUAUAACUUCAUGCCCAAAAUCCAAAUUAACAACUGAGAUAAAUUCUCUGUAAUAAAAUACUGUCCUUUCUCUCUGAGAACAAACAAAGCAGCUGUUGGUGCCAGACUGUGUGCGAGCGACAGCGUGUGAAGACCAGGUGGACAGACGGUAGGUACAGUAGAAGAGGGGUGUCUGUCCCCAUCUUGCAUCUGCAACUGGUAAUCUGGCAGCUGCCGAGCCUGUACGUGUAUAGAAUUUCUGGCCCGUGCACACAUUGCAAUGUCCUCGCUCAAAGCUAACACCAUCUGAUUCGACACAAAAACAUGCAGACGGAAAUGAGCCAGCCAUGAGACAUGAUAUUUAUCCUCUCUGUUUAAUGAAGUUUAAGUGGGACCCUCUGAACAGAACUCUGGUCGAGUGCUGUAAGCGGGGCCUGCCGCCGCCAUCCUCAGUUAUCAGCAAUAAUAUUCACAUUUGCUGAGUUGUUAGAGCCAGUUAAUUCCCAUUCCAAUGGCUAAAGUUUAAUUGUGUGUGCCCCCUAGCAUGCUCAUGCCAUCGCUUUCAGGGGCAGAGGAACAGGAUGUGUCCAAGUGAAAUAAUUGGCCCAGAGAUCAGCAGUGGUUUUAAAUUACACUCUCUUGCUCUUAUUCUGUAGCUGCCUCCUUUUUCCCAGAGUGUAAACAGCAGCAGCAAACAGGGAGGAGAAGUUUUUAACAGGUGCAGCAGCACAAAUGGGAUUUAAUUAGUCCCCAAUGCUGGAUAAGUGUGGGAAAAAUCGUAUGUUAGAGAACAUGUCGCUUUUCUAUGCUGUGUGUUCUGACCUGUAAUAAGGCAAAGAGGUCUGUCCUUAUCACCAAUAAUAGUCACACCCAGGGAAAAAACAAAAACAAACUUCAUUUUGCCUCUGACAAGCAGUAGCAGGGUCAAAAAUGGAUUCCCUCAAAAUGCAUACGAGGAAUCUUUCCCCCGUUUCUUAAAAUGUUACAACUUGGUCUUGUGAUGUUUUCUGUUUUGUUGAAAACAGUCUUGACUCUGGCCUGAUGUGAUGUGGUACUGUAAAUCGUAUCAGCUCAACCCUCUUCCCAAAUACAAAAAAAGAAAAAAAACAGAACAAAACAAAACAAAAAAAAGGAUGGGAAGAAGGGAGCUCACAUCUGUUUCAGUCUCUCCAGGUUGUCAUGGUAACAGUUGCCUUACAGUUGAAUACUGUACACAGAAGCUUUGUAGUGGUUGAUACCUCACUUUUUGGGUGUGGUGGUGAUGAUAAUGUGCACCACGUUCUGUCUAUGUAUUUACUACUAGAUAGAAUGUUCAGUACCGUUUUCAGUUGGGUUGUUAUUGCACUUGUUGACUUUGUAUUGUCACGACAGGGAGAAAUAAAGUUUUAUCUUUUCCAGUGUGUUUAAA